CCUUCGUAUGCUGGUAUUGCUGUCGUAUUCCAUCGGCAUAUAACGUUCAUCCCGACUAUUGUUGGCCUCCGCGAAAAGCUAUAAAAGGAAAUGGGUGCAUCCGUUUGGACUUACUUCCUGACGGUAUCUAGUUUGCCUAAAGUCGAAGAGAUCCGGUGAAAGAACUGAAAAUAUUAACUCUAUAGUAUUGUGAUUGAAUGCUGAUUGUCAUCAGUACCAGUGAACUUAUAAACAUGUUAACUUGUGCAAAAAUGGAUAACAAUAACCUGUCGCCAAACAUUGGGAUUACCACCGGAACAGGAAAUAACAACAACAGCAGCGAGAAUAUCUACAUCGAUAUUCCAACGCCCUCAACUCGGAGUAUUUCGCCACUAUCGUCGACUUCGCCAGGAAAGGAUAAGUCGUAUGGAUUCUUUCAGAACAUUUACCGCAAAAUCAGCUUAAAAUCAAGCGACGAAAUUAACAGCGUUAAUCGGGAUGAUGACUCACGAAGCUCGUCGAUGGAUUCUUGUUCUUCGAUCAGUGACCGACUGCAGGACCCACCAAAACGAAAUUCCAAUCCUUGCGUCAAAUCAGCUGAACAAAUAUUAACUCUUGAAUUGUCCAGCACAUCCAGUGAUUCUGCAAGCAAUUCUUCCCACGACGUCGAAAAGUCGCUGAGAUCAUCGAGGCGCUCAUCGGUACGCAAGUUGCUGGAGAAUCUGUCCAUAAAGACACCGACCCGAACCCGAUCGCUGUCGUGCAGCAGCACCUCGGUCAAUAUUCUUAACCAAAAGUGUCUCAAACAGAAAACAGAAUCCAAGGCAUCACUUUUCAGCAGCAACAGUUCAUCAGCCUUACCGAACAAUACCGGCAGCAAGCCACCACUAAAGAAAAUUCUCCGCCGACCGGUCUCGUAUACCUAUUUGCGGGGAAUCUCCGGAUUGCCUACACAACGUGUCCCGAGGUCAUCGAUUUGCUGUAGCUACUAUGGACGUUAGGUGUAUCGGAUAGCGGCUAGCGUAGUGACGAAAAUUGCAUUUAGCAUGCUGUAGUGGAAUUUACUGAACUGUACGCAAACAUCAUAUCAACACUAAGUAAAGGAAAACAAGCAAGACUUUUUCACCGUAAGGAACUAGAACAGCGAAACGAAUUUAGUGACUGAUUUUAGGGUGUGAGUGAAAGUGUAAACCAAAGAUAGAAGUAAUCUACGAAUAACUAACUCGAUUGGCAUUCGGUACCUUUUGCAACACAUUUUCGACGAAAACGCUGAUUUUAUGCCCCGCCAGUUUCUACUAUUGCGUUGAAUAGUUUGUACAUAUAUCUAAUACGACCCCACUAAGAUUAACGCGUGACGAUGUGGACACUAGUUAGGCAUUUUGAUGUAAGCCAAACCUGGACGAUUAAAGUGCAAUUAUUCUGAUACAACUUUUAAUUAAUUAAGCACGGAUGAGAAGCAGAAGCGACCAAAUUGUUUGAUAUGGUAAAUGGAUAAUCUUAUUUGGAAAAAAAAACUAAGUGAUCUAAACUUACCAAUAGUAAUAAUAUUGAUAAUAAACUUAAAGCUAGUGUGUACAUUUGAAUAGAGAGAUCGAAGAAUUGCCACGAUAUUACGCAUUAAGUAGGACAGAUACGAGCUACGCUAAGCAACACCAAAAUUCUAAAUUUCCGUUUUCUGGACUAGCGAAUUCCAGUAACUGGGAGAUAUUAUUUCCACCUCGAUUGAAUAAUUCUUAGUGUAGUUCCAGCUCAGUUGUAUCCUUUGGAGAAGGAAGUCAUGUCGUUAUCAUGAAAUGAAAUGUUAUGGUAGAAAUUGUUUCAUGUAGAAUAUUUUUUGACGAUAAUAAAAAUAUUUCGAAUUGUUA